GCUCCUCAGCCUCAAAUUAACCACCUAAUCUAGCAAAAUUUCCAGCGCCCUGGACAUCUUCCAGUCCUCAGCCAACUUUCAUACCUAAUCCGCAGUGAAAAAUAUCCAUAAAAAGCAAAAUGCGUCUCGCCUUCGUCACCGCCCUUUUAAUCUGCCCCAUCGCCUCUCAGCUUUUUAAAGGUUCCGCCGUAAUAAACUUUUCGGCGGGAAAUGAUGCCAAACUUGAGGUAAAAUUUGGCGACAUUUCCAUCGGCAAUGGAACCCGUUUGACGACCAAACAGGUCGAACGUGCCCCCACGACGGUCAAAUGGAACGCGGAUCCGAACAAGUUCUACAUCGUGGCAAUGAUUGAUCCCGAUGCACCCACAAAAGUGGUGCCCGUCUUUGGCGAAAUUUUGCACUGGAUGGUCGUCAACGUUAAGGGAGGUGACAUGUCGACCGGGAAAGAAUUGGCGUCAUACCUUCCACCAAAUCCACCACUUGGUAGUGGUGCUCAUCGUUUCGGCUUCGUCGUGUAUGAACAACCCUACUUGCAAGGAUUACGGGGAAGACUUACAUUUGCGGAAAAGUUUGGACAAACGAUCCGAUCCCGGUAUCGAUUCUCGAUGCAGAAUUUUGCAAACUUGUAUAAUCUUGGGGAUCCCGUGGCACAAAAUUAUUUCACCGCGGGAUGGCUGGAUGCUCCCGUUUUUGGGGCAUAAAUUUCUAAAAUGCAGUUCAAAUUGUAAUGGUCAUAAUAAAGAAUGGAUACUUAUCUUCAA